AUGCAGAUAUUUGUGAAGAAUAUGAAGCUGGGAGAUGGAGAAUCCAUACCAAAAUGGUCCAUAAUUGAAUUGCAAGGUGACUUGGAGGCAUGUGACUCAGAUGGACUUGCUGGAAAAUUUAUUGGGGAUCUGCAUUUUACGAAGGAUAAUAUCCCCAUUUUGGUGAUUGGACACCAUAUCCUUCAUGGGAAAGUGGAGAAAGUGGAUCCUCCUUUAGCUGUGGUAAAAAAACUGCCUAGUUCAUCUUCAAGUGGAAAUUUGAACUCAAAAAAUGAAGAAAGAGAAGAUCAUCCAGCCUAUGUUGUUCAGGGACUUGUGACACGGAAGCUGUUCUUCAAAGGGAGACCAAGGCCCAUCAUUACAAAUGUCCCAAAGCAAGUUUGA